GUAAAGAAGGUGAAGUAAAGAAAAUGUAAUUUUACUUCCAGACGUAGAGCAUAAGCAUAUUAUUCAAAAUUCAAAACUCGGUCUUCAUUUUUUGUUUUUUUUAAUACUGUACAAGGGGGCGAGGUACUGGGAAUUAAAUAUGUCCUCCAGAUUUACCGGCUGCCUUCUUGCACGGCUGUCCAGACAUACAACGCGUGGACCCGUGAUCAUACCUUACAGAUACCAGCUGCGCUGCUACGGCGAUCCACCACCGCUAAUGGAGUGCAAGGCUUUCAAGGAAGCGAAGGAGAAGAAAGCACUUGAGGUGAAAAAGAAGAAGGCAGCCGAGAAGAAGGAGGCGGCUAGGAAAGAUGCGGAACGGCUAAGAUGUAUGUUGAAAAUCUGCAUCGAAAAAAAGACGGAGGCAAUAAACGCAAAAAUGGAAUGCAUGACAGCGGAGGAGCAGAAGGCCAUGAAGGAGAUGAUGGAGUGCGUGAUGACUGGUGUUAGGAAGAUCUGCUUGAAGUCAGUGAUGCAGAAGUACUGCAAGGAGCAGGAGCUGAAGCACCGCUACGAGCGAAUGAUCAAGGAGAAGAAGAUAAAGCAGUUGAUGAAGCAAUGUCCUGCUACGAAAGGGGAAAGCACGAAGGAGGAUUGCGAGGAACCUAAUAAAGAGCAAAAAAAAGAGGCUAUCGCAAAGAUAAAUCAAGAAUCAGAAACGCUUAAGAAAUGCAUAGAAGAAACCACAAAGCUUUUAGAAGCUGAGUUAGAAAAGCAGAUGCAAUCUCAGUGCAAGAAGGAUUGUGAAGAGGAUAAAAAUCAAGAUAAUGCUCCCAAAGAAGAUUGUGCCAAGAAAGAGGUUAAAGAAUGUGCACAAAAGAAGGAAACUCCCAAAGCAAAACCCAACAAGGAAAAGGAACCAAAAAUAGAUAGUUGUAAGGAUGUGCAGAAAAAGCCUAAAGAGGAAGAAAAAUGUGCAGAAGACUUGAAGGAAUCCGCCGCUAAGGAGAAAAAAGAACAGCCUAAAGAGCCGAAAUGCCCGGAGAAUCCCAAGAAGUCAAAGGAACAGAAAUGUCCAGAAGUGCCGAAAAAAGAGGAGAAAUGCGCCGACAAGAAUAAAGAAACAGGCAAGAAGGCAAAGAAAGAACAGCCUAAAGAUCAGGAAAGCCCAAAGGAUUCCAAAAAGGCCAAAGAGCAGAAAGCGACUAAGGGAGAAGUAGAUUCGAAAGCUAAGAGCAAUAAAGUGGAGAAGAAAGAUAAAAACAAAGAACAGGAAAAAGAAAAAGGAAAGCAGCCGGUGUGUUCCACGGACGGUAAGAAAUCUAAAAAGCCUCCGAAACCCAAAACUCCGUUUGAACAGAAGCUAGAGGAGUGCGUGAAGAAAGAGUGGGACGACUUAUGUCAGACUCAAAAGCGUUUAAGUCCGCAAGAACAGAAACAAAUUUCUGACGUCGAGAAUUGCCUUAAGGCGGAAAUCAAGAAGAGGUGCGGUAAAACGGUAAUAAAGAAAAUGUGUGCUGAGUCCUUUGGGGAGCCAAAGAAGAAGAACAAGUGCGAGGAGAAGAACAAAGAAGAGUGUAAGGGUCAGAAGCGAGCAGAGUCCAGCGGUAAAGGAAAGCUCGAAAAAUGCGUUCAGCUGAAAUGGAAGAAAUCCUGCCCUUUAAUUCAAAAGCUUGCCGAAAAGAAUGAAGUUGAUUUCCUCGAAGCUUCUAAGGAAGCCAAAAAAAUGAUUGCGAAAUCUUGCCAAGACGAAGAAAAGGAUAAAGAAACUGAAAAUGAAGAGCUGAAAGCUAAUCUCGAUAGAUGUGCGUGCAUGAAGAAAUGUGCGGACGCGCGUCUUAAAAGGAAAUGCGAUGAUUUGGCGAAACAGGAAAACUGUGAAAAAGAUGCGCAACUGAAAAAAUGUCUUAAGAAAACGUGCGAAGAACGAACCAAAAAACAGGACGAUAUAAAGAAAAUUAACGAAGAGCUCAAGAAACUAUGUCAAGAAUUAGACAUUGAAAUAUGCGACGAGGAAAUAAAAAGAAAGUGCAUAGAGAAAGCUCAAAAGGUGCUAUGCGAGGCUAGGAAAAAACGAGCAGAGCAAAGGCAAAAAGAGGAACAGCUGAAGAAAAAAGCCAAAGAGGAAGCCGCCAGAAAGCAAAAACGCGAAGAAGAUGAGCUGAAGAAAAAGAGAGAGAUGGAGCUAGCCGAAAAAGAAAAAUGCGGAGAGAUCGAUAAGGAGCAGAAAUGCAAAAUGAUGGAACAACAGAAAAAAUGCGAAGAGGAAGAGCAAAAGAAAAAGUGCUUAGAAGAAGAGAAGGCGAGAAAGUGCGAAGCGGAAGAGCAAAAGAAAAAGUGUCAGGCGGAAGAACUAAAGAGAAAGUGCGAAGAUGACGAAAUGAAAAAGAAAUGCGAUGAGGAGCUUCAAAAGAUAAAAUGCGAAAGGGAAGCCAAGAAGAAGAAACUGGACGAAUUAGGUGAGAGACUGGGCAAGCUGCUGAAAGAAGAGAAAGAGCUGACCAAGAAACUAGAAGCGAUGCAAAAAGAAGCAGAAGAAAAACAGAAACAAGAGGAAGAGGAACAAAAGAAGAGGGCAGAAGAGGACAAAGUUCUUAAGGCAUGUGAUGAAUUUGAAAAAAAUGAAAAGCUUGAAAAGGAAAAAGCUGAUAAAAAGAAGACCUCGCCCGCUAAGUGCGAUCCCGAAUAGGAAAGCUCAAGAAAAAAUGUAGAUCAAGCAGACUUUCCGAAAAUACUCAGAGCUUUUCCACAAUGAAGGUGACAGUUAGUGUUCAGAAUGCGGCGGCGGUCUCAAGAUUGCUUAUCCUCCAGUUGAUGCACCACAAGCCGUUUGUCAAGAUCGCAUUCUGAUUCCAGGUUCGAGGAAGAGGUAAAAGGUGACUGCACCAACUGGGCGAUAUUUCUUGCGAACGCCACCGGGGUCUUGGCCAACUUAAGCAACAUCAAUGGUAUGUAGUCAGUGUCAACAAAUGUCAAUGGUGAGGCCGUCCAUCAAUCGCAUCGCAGCAUCAUUGCCCUCCUGGCUUUCGGAACCCCAAAAAGAAAACUGUGACCCCAAAAAAAGCUGUCAUGAAUUUUAUUUCACUUUGCUUAGUAUUUUAAAUAAAAAUUCCCGUAACUGCCCCCACGUAAA